AUGUUCUGGGUCAAAAAUGACCAGGAAGAUAAAGUUAUAUGGACAGCAACUAAAUCUAGCUCUUUUACGAUCAAAUCGGCUUAUAAUUUGGAAGAAGAAGGUGAAGAGAGUGAUGUUAGCUGGUGGAAACAUCUCUGGAAAAGCAAAAUUCAUGAGAGAACCAAGUUUUUUCUUUGGCAACUGGCCAAUGCACUGCUUUCAAACCUUGCUGAUAGAGGAGUGACUUUAGACAAUUUGGAUUGUGCUUAUGGUUGUAAUUGUGUUGAAAAUGAAGUUCAUGUUUUCCUUCAAUGUGAGGUGGUGAGGAGAUUGUCGUUUGCCAGCCCGUGGGGAAUUAGAUGGGAGGAAUCGGGCAUCAAUGACAUAAUGUCUAUGCUAAAGUGCUCAAUCAAUCCAAUGGGUACCCUUCCAGUUCAUUCUGUAGAUAAGGAAUAUUUCAUUAUUUUCAGUGCUAUCACCCUGGAGCAUCUUUGGUGGUUAAGAAAUAAUGUAGUGCAUAAAGGAAAAGACAUGAGGAUAGAAUUGUCUCUAGAGGUGGAAUCAAAUGCUCUAUCACCUAUCAAUGCGAUAAAGGAGAAUGACAUAAGCAAUUUGCAUUGGGCUGCCGAGCCUAUUGCAAGCCAAGAGAUAUAUGAGCUUAUAGAUCCAAAUGGGCUUCCGUUAUCUUUUGGUUUUGAUUGA